AGAUGCUAGGGUGGCUGCUGGGCUUCGGGGCCAGGUCGACCCUCAGGGCCUGGAGGAUCUGGCCCAAUGGGAGGGCCCUGGGCCCCCUGGAGGGCGCCAGGAAGAGCGACUUCUCCAUUCUUGCACACAGUGGGGCCUUAUUCUCUCUCUCGCAGCCCCCAAACUUGGCCCAGUUGCAGAGAAGUGGGGAUGGUGACUGGCCCGCCUGGACUCCGGCCUCCCGGUGUCCACACCUCACACUGGACCGGCCUGGAGACCCCAUUGGCUCCUGGAAGCCCCAGCUGCUUGGGCGGAUCCAGGUGCCUGCAGGGACUGCAGGAGGGUCCGGGGGCCUGCAUUGCUCCCCCACUGACGGCCUGCUCUUUGUCACGGCCGGGGCUGCGCCCUGUGUCCACGUGCUGGAUCUGGAGGGACGCCCCGUCUGCCUCCUGCCCUGCCGCACUCCGGGGGCCGGGGCCUUGGUUCCAGAGGAUGUGACUGUGACUGAGUCAGGGCUCAGGGUGGUCAGCGACCCGUCCAUGGGGCUGUCCGUGCACUCCAGCACACAGCCCAGGACCCGGGGGGCCGCUGGGUGAUGGUGGGCACCUUCCCGUCUCCCCAGGGGCUGGCUGUGGACACCCUCAGUCGCCUCCUGGUGACAGACUACGUGUCCAGGGCUGUGCACAGCUUCAUGUUGGGCCAUGCUUGGAAGCCCCUGGUCCCGGCUUCUAUGCUGGGUCUGGAGGGCCCCUGCUGGGUGGGCCCGGGGCCUGAUGGGGGCUUUGCUGUGAGUGAAGGGUUUGGGGAUGUGUGGCUGUUUGGCAGUGCCCGCCAGCCACUGGGCUCCCUGGGGGGCUGGACAGGGCACACUUUUGGCUGCCCAGCGGGCAUCUGCUCCAACUCAGAGGGUAACAUUAUUGUGGCAGAUGAGCAGAGGCGCCAGGUGACCCUGUUUCCCUGGUCUGGGUCACCCAUAUGCCUGGUGUCACAGGGGCUUGGGCGGCAGGGCCAGCUCCUGGUGGCCGAUGCCAAGGACAACUCCAUCAAGGUGUACCAGGGCCUCAAGCAGCUGGCCUGA